AUGUGGCGUCUGGCGAAGCAUCUCUCACGCCGGCCCACAGUGCUGCUGCCCGGAUGGACGCCUCAGCGGACGAUGGCGAAGAAGGGCAAAGGCGAGGAGUUCGUGGUGACUCCGUGCGAAGUGGUUCGCUUCUGCGAGGAGGCGCUGGUUAGUGCAGGCGCCUGCCAGAGCAAUGCGAAGGAGGCGGCGCACGUCAUAGCCGCAGCAGACUACUUUGGCCGCAGCACGCACGGCAUCUUACGGCUGGGCUUUUACGUGGACGAGCUGUGCAGCGGCAGAGUGAAUGGGCAAGCGCGCCCGUGCCUCAUACAGGAGACGUCUGCCACAGCCAACGUGGAUGGCUGCAACGCAAUGGGCGCAGUCGUCGGCAACUUCUGCAACAACCUCGCCUUGAAGAAAGCCAGGGACUGCGGCGUUGGAUACGUCUGCGCCAGGCAUGCAAACCAUUUUGGGAUAGCAUCGUACUACACCAGAUUCAUCGCGGACUGCGGUAUGAUUGGAGUCGCGAUGUCCGUGGCCGCCCCCUCAGUUGUUGCAGCAGGCUCGAAGCAGGCAAUGUUUGGCACCAACCCAUUGUCAGUGGCUGCACCAGGAUGCGACGGGGACAACUUCGUCUUGGACGUCGCCACAUCUAACACCUCUAUUGGCACAAUCCAAGAGUAUGCUCUGCAGAAGAAGAAACUGCCAACAGACUGGGCGCUGGGCAAGAAGGGCAGCCCGACGACAGACGCGAAUGACGCUCUGGCGACCAGGAAGCUGCUACCCCUCGGGGGCUUGACAACGGGCUACAAGGGCUACGGGCUCGCCGCAGCCGUCGAUAUACUUACUUCUGUGCUUGCAGGAGCGCAGUCGGGCCCAAACAUCCCCGUGCCCGGCAGCGGCGGUAAAGACUGCAAGGACCCGCCAAAGCACGCGUGUCUGGGCAUGAGCUUCCUGGUGCUGGACCCGGACGCCUUCGGCGAAGGCUUCCGCCAGCGGCUGUCACUCUUGCUGAGCGCCCUGCGCUGCGCGGAACCGGUCGACGCUGCGAAACCCGUCCGCGCACCCGGCGACUUCUCCAAGAAAUCCGCCGAGCAGUGCGACUGCCGCGGCGGCAUCGCCUACGCCAAGCACCAGCGCGCCGCCAUGGCAAGUGCACAACUCACUCUCUAG